GAGAGAGAGAGAGAGAGGGGCUUUGGUCCCCCAAAAAAAACAGAAGGAGAGAUUGCCUAGCCUUCUAAUUUCUCCCCUCUCCACCAGCCCCAGAACAAUGUCGAUGAGCCCUAAGCAUACGACUCCUUUUUCUGUUUCCGAUAUCUUGAGUCCUCUUGAGGAGAGCUACAAGAAAGUAAGUAUGGAGAAUAACAACUUAGGGGCACCUCUCGCGUCUUACCGGCAGCCGCAGGUGUCUCAGGCGGCGAUGCAGCAGCACCACAUGGGCCAUAACGGGACUGUGUCCGCAGCGUACCACAUGACGGCGGCAGGGGUGUCCCAGCUGUCACACACCGCGAUGGGGGGCUACUGUAACGGCAACCUGGGGAACAUGAGCGACCUGCCGCCCUACCAGGACGGUAUGAGAGGCAGCUCCACGGCCACCGGCUGGUACGGAGCCAACACAGACCCGCGAUUCUCCACGAGUAAGUAUACCUUUAGUCUGCAUGAAGCCGAAAUUAGUCAUAGAAAUUAGUCAAAUUCUUUGGUGUUGUUUCGAGUUUUUGCAUGAAUACUGAUAGGCUAUUGUUUCACUAAGAGGGAGUGUUAGGUAUAUUAAUUGUUGAUCACCCAAUUUAGUGACCCAUUCUGUGCCUUUUUGCCAGUCUACCAAUGUCAUGUUUACCAAUGGUUAGGAACAUGUUUCAAAGAAAGCUGACAUUACCUUGAAAAUGUCCUUAACUUUUUCGUUUAUGAUAAAUUUAGGCUCCCGCGGUCAAGAUUGAUGCUUCUACUAAUCUAAUUGAUUUAAGAUUAUUGUCCCUCAGGUCUGUAAAGAUAUAACACAGACACCUGUUGCUGGUUUCUACUCUAUUGUGAGUAGCCUACAGAGGUUUUAUGCAGCUGUCAUGGGGGGUGUAUCGAAUGAGUUAUUAACCUAUUAUUCAUCAGAUUGCAAGGUAAAUUAAUGGCAAUCAAUCAUAUAAUUUAAAAUAUUUAAACUAUAUUUAUACUAAAUAUAUAAACUAUAUAAUUCAGUUCAAAUAGGCUACUAAUUGGGUCAUAUUCCUACACGUUUUAAAAUAAAUUAAUUCACAUUGUGUAUUAUUAUUUUAUGGUUAUAAGUAUUGAAGCGUUAUAAUAAUAGCAUUAUUAUUAUUGUUAUCAUGAUCAUAAUUAUCUCACUGGCCUAUUUCUGCUUUCAGUCUCCCGCUUCAUGGGCUCUUCCUCGGGCAUGAACAUGGGCAGUAUGGGCAGUAUGGGCAGCCUCGGCUCCCUCGCGGAUGUGGGCAAAGGCAUGGGCCCGCUCUCUAGCACCCCAAGAAGGAAGAGGCGCGUGCUGUUCUCUCAGGCUCAGGUCUACGAGCUCGAGCGGCGAUUCAAACAACAGAAGUAUCUCUCGGCGCCCGAGAGAGAGCACCUGGCGAGCAUGAUCCACCUCACCCCGACCCAGGUCAAAAUCUGGUUCCAGAACCACCGGUAUAAAAUGAAGAGGCAAGCUAAGGACAAAGUGUCGCAGCAGCAGAUGCAACAGGAGAGUAGUACCUGUCAGCAGCAGUCCCCUCGGCGGGUGGCCGUGCCGGUGUUGGUGAAAGACGGCAAGCCAUGCCAAGGCAGUGCCCACACUCCAACCACUACUGUCCAGACCCACCACCAGCAAGGGGCCAAUGUUAUGAUCAUGUCCAGUAAUGGUUCAGGCCUAGGCCAGCACCAGGGCCAGCAGGUGGUUAGUGCAGGUCACUCUCCAGACCUAGCACAUCAUUCGGCCAGCCCGCCGUCUCUCCAGACCCAGGUAGCUAGUCUCUCUCACCUGAACUCAUCCAGCGCCGAGUACGGGACAGCCCUGCAGUGUUCUGCUCUCUUAUACGGCAGGACAUGGUGA